AGCGGAACCAGCUCCUGCCCUCGCGCCCGCUGCCUGCCCGGAGCUGAGUCGCCGGCAGCGGUGGUGGCUGACGGACCGGGAGUUUCUUCUCGCACUGGAUGGAGCUGAACUUUGGGCGGCCAGAAGAGCGCAGCCGUCCGGGGACCGCUGCAUGCUGAGCUCCCGCGGCGAGACCCUGCGGCGGCUCGGGAUCUUUUGGGGGGCGGGGACCAGCUGCGCGCCGGCACCAUGUUCCUGGCGACCCUGUACUUCGUGUUGCCGCUCCUGGACUUGCUCCUGUCGGCCGAGGUGAGCGGCGGGGACCGCCUGGACUGCGUGAAAGCCAGUGAUCAGUGCCUGAAGGAGCAGAGCUGCAGCACCAAGUACCGCACGCUGAGGCAGUGCGUGGCAGGCAAGGAGACCAACUUCAGCCUGGCAUCGGGCCUCGAGGCCAAGGGUGAGUGCCGCAGCGCCAUGGAGGCCCUGAAGCAGAAGUCGCUCUACAACUGCCGCUGCAAGCGGGGCAUGAAGAAGGAGAAGAACUGCCUGCGCAUCUACUGGAGCAUGUACCAGAGCCUGCAGGGAAAUGAUCUGCUUGAAGAUUCCCCAUAUGAACCAGUUAAUAGCAGACUGUCAGAUAUAUUCCGAGUGGUCCCGUUCAUAUCAGUGGAGCACAUUCCCAAAGGGAACAACUGCCUGGAUGCGGCCAAGGCCUGCAACCUCGACGACACCUGCAAGAAGUACAGGUCUGCAUACAUCACCCCGUGCACCACCAGCAUGUCCAAUGAAGUCUGCAACCGCCGCAAGUGCCACAAGGCCCUCCGGCAGUUCUUCGACAAGGUCCCGGCCAAGCACAGCUACGGAAUGCUCUUCUGCUCCUGCCGAGACAUCGCCUGCACAGAGCGGAGGCGACAAACCAUCGUGCCUGUGUGCUCCUACGAAGAGAGGGAGAAGCCCAACUGUUUGAAUUUGCAGGACUCCUGCAAGACGAAUUACAUCUGCAGAUCUCGCCUUGCGGAUUUUUUUACCAACUGCCAGCCAGAGUCAAGGUCUGUGAGCAGCUGUCUGAAGGAGAACUACGCUGACUGCCUCCUCGCCUACUCGGGGCUUAUUGGCACUGUCAUGACUCCCAACUACAUAGACUCCAGUAGCCUCAGCGUGGCCCCGUGGUGCGACUGUACCAACAGCGGGAAUGACUUGGAAGAGUGCUUGAAAUUUUUGAAUUUCUUCAAGGAUAAUACAUGUCUUAAAAAUGCAAUUCAAGCCUUUGGCAAUGGCUCUGAUGUGACCGUGUGGCAGCCAGCCCUCCCAGUACAGACCACCACUGCUACCACCACCACAGCCUUCCGGGUCAGGAACAAGCCCCAGGGGCCAGCAGGUUCUGAGAAUGAAAUCCCCACUCAUGUUUUACCACCUUGUGCAAAUUUACAGGCACAGAAGCUGAAAUCCAAUGUGUCGGGCAGUACACAUCUCUGUCUUUCUGAUCAUGGUUAUGAAAAGAACGGCCUCGCUGGUCCUUCCAGCCACAUCACCACGAAAUCGAUGGCUGCUCCUGCAAGCUGCGGUCUGAGCCCGCUGCUGGUUCUCGUGGUAACUGCUCUGUCCACCCUAGUCUCUUUAUCUUUGGCGGAAACAUCAUAGCUGCAUUUAAAAAACAAUAUGGACAUGUAAAAAGACAAAAACCAAGUUAUCUGUUUCCUGUCCUCUUGUA